GUAGUCAAUCAAACGAGUGGCUGGGCUUCCGCUGGCGAGUUCGGCAGUGGUUGGGGGGAGGGAGGGAGGUAAGGAAAAGUUGUCCAGCUGGCGACAGGGGAGCGAGCGAAGGCGCUCUUGUGUGUGCGUGUGGGGCGAUACAUUGCAACUAUGGGGCCCGAGUGAAACAUUUUCACUUGUUCCUCCGACUGCAAAUGGAGACUUUAUUACUAACGCUGAUCGCCUUCAGUCACUGUCUGAUUACAACAGGAUCGCCUCUGCUACUUUUUGCUAAUCGGCGUGACGUCAGGUUGGUAGAUGCAGAAUCGGUGAAACCUGAAUCUACUGUAGUGGUCAGUGGUCUGGAGGAUGCAGCCGCUGUUGAUUUUUUGUACACUGAAGGAGUGAUUUAUUGGACAGACGUGAGUGAAGAAGCCAUUAAACAGACGCAUGUGAAUGUAACUGGGAAUUUCCAAAAAGUGAUCAUCUCGGGUCUCGUUUCACCAGAUGGAUUAGCUUGUGAUUGGUUAGGCAAGAAGCUAUAUUGGACUGACUCUGAAACUAAUCGGAUAGAGGUUGCCAAUCUUGAUGGAAUGUAUCGGAAAGUCCUCUUCUGGCAGGAUCUUGAUCAACCAAGGGCCAUUGCUCUUGAUCCACAGCAUGGAUACAUGUACUGGACGGACUGGGGUGAAAUUCCAAGAAUUGAACGAGCUGGCAUGGAUGGGAGCAGUCGUUCCAUCAUUGUGAACUCUGAUAUUUACUGGCCGAAUGGGCUGACAAUUGAUAUAGAGGAACAGAAACUUUACUGGGCAGAUGCAAAGCUGAGUUUUAUUCAUAGAUCCAACUUGGAUGGUUCUUCCAGGCAAAAAGUUGUGCAAGGUACUCUGACUCAUCCAUUUGCCCUGACGUUGUUUGGGGAAACUUUAUACUGGACAGAUUGGCAAACUCGCUCAAUUCACGCAUGCAACAAGAGAACUGGUGAAAACAAACGAGAGAUACUCAUCAGUAUUUACUCUCCUAUGGAUAUCCAGGUCUUCAGUCAAGAGCGGCAGCCACGCAUUCCUACCACAUGUGAUGAAAUUAAUGGAGGAUGCUCUCAUUUAUGCCUCUUGUCACCGAAAGAACCAUUCUUCAAAUGUGCGUGCCCAACUGGUGUCCAACUGAAAAAAGAUGGGAAAAUUUGUAAAGAAGGUGCUGAAGAGGUGUUGCUUCUUGCAAGAAGGACAGACCUACGACGUAUCUCCUUAGACAUGCCAGAUUUCACAGACGUCAUUCUUCAGCUCGAUGAUAUUCGGCACGCAAUAGCAAUAGACUAUGAUCCAGUGGAGGGAUAUAUUUACUGGACUGACGAUGAAGUUAGAGCCAUUCGUCGUGCAUAUCUAGAUGGUUCAGGGGCCCAGACAUUGGUGACCACAGAAGUUAACCAUCCCGAUGGAAUAGCCAUCGAUUGGAUAGCUCAGAAUCUUUAUUGGACUGAUACAGGAACUGAUCGCAUUGAAGUGACUCGUUUGAAUGGCACAUCGAGAAAAAUAUUGAUCGCAGAAGGUCUUGAUGAGCCUCGAGCAAUUGUACUUAAUCCAGUAACUGGCUAUAUGUACUGGACGGAUUGGGGUGAAAACCCAAAGAUAGAGCGUGCAAACCUGGAUGGCACUGAUCGAAUCAUUUUGGUAAACACUUCUCUGGGUUGGCCCAAUGGCUUGGCAUUGGACUAUGCUGAAGACAAACUUUAUUGGGGCGAUGCUAAAACGGACAAAAUUGAGGUCAUCAAUGUAGAUGGAACAGGCCGUAGAAUACUUGUGGAAGAUAAACUUCCUCACAUAUUUGGUUUCACUUUGUUGGGUGAUUACAUCUAUUGGACUGACUGGCAGAGACGCAGCAUUGAACGUGUUCAUAAGCACCGUGCUGAGCGGGAGAUUAUCAUCGAUCAGCUACCUGACCUAAUGGGAUUGAAGGCAACAAGAGUUACAAAAGCAUUUGGAACAAAUCCAUGUUCAGAGAAUAAUGGUGGCUGUAGCCACCUAUGUCUAUUUGUGCCUCAGGGUCCACGUUGUGGCUGUCCAAUGGGCCUGGAGCUAAUAAUGGACAUGAAAACUUGCAUUGUACCCGAAGCCUUCCUCUUGUUCUCCAGUAGGGCAGACAUCCGUAGAAUUUCCUUGGAGACCAAUAACAAUGAUGUGGCAAUUCCAUUAACAGGAGUGAAGGAAGCGUCUGCUCUUGAUUUUGAUGUUUCUGAUAACAGAAUUUACUGGACAGACAUUAGCUUAAAGACCAUUAGUCGCGCUUUCAUGAAUGGAAGCUCUGUCGAACAUGUGAUUGAAUUUGGUCUCGAUUACCCAGAAGGAAUGGCAGUGGACUGGCUGUCAAAAAACCUUUACUGGGCAGACACAGGCACCAAUCGAAUUGAGGUGGCACGGCUGGAUGGACAAUAUCGACAGGUUUUAGUGUGGAAAGAGUUGGACAAUCCACGGGCUUUGGCUCUUGAUCCUUCUGAAGGGUACAUGUAUUGGACUGAAUGGGGUGGUAAGCCCAGAAUUGUUCGCUCCCAUAUGGAUGGCUCCAGUAGUGCCGCUCUGGUAGACAGAGUAGGUCGUGCCAAUGGACUUACCAUUGACUAUGCAGAGAAAAGACUCUAUUGGACUGACUUGGAUACAUCAAUGAUUGAAUCUUCAAAUAUGCUGGGACAACAGCGUGAAAUUAUAGCUGAUGAUCUUCCUCAUCCCUUUGGACUAACCCAGUACCGGGAUUAUAUCUAUUGGACUGAUUGGAAUUUGCGCAGUAUUGAGCGUGCUGACAAAAUGAAUGGACAAAACCGAACACUUAUUCAAGGACAUUUGGACUAUGUGAUGGACAUCUUAGUUUUUCAUUCUUCACGGCAAGAUGGUUGGAAUGAAUGUGUGCAAACCAAUGGACACUGUUCUCAUCUAUGCCUUGCUGUGCCAACUGGCUAUAAGUGUGGAUGUGCGUCACAUUAUAUACUCGAUGGCAAUAACAGAACUUGUAGUUCACCCAUUAGUUUCUUGCUAUUCAGUCAGAAGACUGCAAUUAGUCGUAUGAUCUUGGAUGACCAACAGAGUCCAGACAUCAUUUUGCCCAUACAUGGCUUGCGAAAUGUGAAAGCAGUGGAUUAUGAUGCUGUUGACAAGUUGAUUUACUGGAUAGAUGGACGCCAAAAUAUCAUCAAACGAGCUAGAGAUGAUGGCUCUCAGGCAUUUGUGGUCGUUUCUGGGCCAAAUCAAAGUCAAAAUCCAGAUAUUCAACCCCGUGACUUAAGCCUUGACAUCUACAGUCGGACUGUCUACUGGACAUGUGAAACAUCCAACACUGUAAAUGUUAACAGGCUAGAUGGAAAGCCCAUUGGAAUAGUCCUACGAGGAGAACAUGAUAGACCAAGAGCUAUUGUUGUCAAUGCAGAACGGGGGUACAUGUACAUCACAAACAUGCAGGAAAGAUCCCCAAAAAUUGAGCGAGCAGCACUUGACGGUACUGAAAGGGAAGUACUAUUUUCAACUGGAUUGAUUCGGCCUGUUGACUUGGCAAUUGACAAUAAACUGGGAAAACUUUUUUGGGUAGAUGCAGAUCUAAAACGCAUUGAAAGUAGCGAUUUAUCUGGUGCUAACAGGCUGACCUUGCAAGAUUCCAGCAUUCUUCAGCCAAUGGGGCUUGCUAUACUUGGAAAACAUAUUUAUUGGAUUGACCGCCAGCAACAAAUGAUUGAGCGCAUCGAGAAAACAAAUGGAGAUCAACGUACAAGGAUUCAGGGCAGAAUCGUUCAUCUCACUGGUAUUCACGCAGUGGAAGAGUUGGAUGUGAAAGAAUUCAGUUCACAUCCUUGUUCGCGUGAUAAUGGUGGCUGCUCACACAUCUGCAUUGCAAAAGGGGAUGGCACUCCACGAUGCUCGUGCCCUGUACACUUGGUGCUGUUACAGAACCUACUGACGUGUGGAGAACCACCAACCUGUUCACCGGAGCAAUUUACGUGUGCAACGGGGGAGAUUGAUUGUAUCCCAAUGGCAUGGCGUUGUGAUGGCUUUGCAGAAUGCGAUGAUAACAGCGAUGAGGAAAACUGCCCAGUCUGUUCUGCCAACCAUUUUCAGUGUGAAAAGGGCCAAUGCAUAGAUGGACGUUUACAGUGCAACGGUGAAGUAGAUUGUCAAGAUAAAUCUGAUGAGGAAAACUGCGAUGUCAUUUGCCAUCCGAACCAGUUCCGCUGCAACAGUGGUCAGUGCAUUCUGAAGAAGCAGCGUUGCAAUUCAUUACCUGAUUGUCUUGAUGGAUCAGAUGAACUGCUUUGUGAAUUAACUAAAGCCUCAAUGAAUGAGUUCCAGUCUCAGAGCAGUGCAAUUGGCCCUGUGAUUGGUAUAAUCCUUUCACUCUUUGUAAUGGGUGCCAUGUACUUCGUCUGCCAGCGAAUUGUCUGUCGUCGAUACAAAGGACCCAAUGGACCUUUUCCACACGAAUAUAUCAGUGGAACCCCGCAUGUUCCCCUUAAUUUUAUUUCACCCACCAAUUCUCAGCACGGCACAUUUACUGGCAUGUCAUGUGGCAAAUCCGUGAUCAGCUCCAUGAGUCUGAUGGGAGGGAGCAGUGGUGCCCCAUUGUAUGACAGAAACCAUGUGACAGGAGCGUCAUCCAGCAGUUCAUCGAGUACAAAAGGAACCUUCUACCCACAGAUUUUAAACCCACCUCCAUCCCCAGCAACUGAUCGUUCUCUCUAUAAUACGGAAAUGUGUUACUCCUCCAACAGUCCUUCCACUACCAGGUCUUACAGACAUUACAUAAUGCAAAGUAUUGCACCACCUACAACUCCAUGCAGUACUGAUGUGUGUGAUAGUGAUUACACUACAAGCCGAUGGAAGAGUCCCAAAUAUUACAUGGAUCUGAACUCUGAUUCAGACCCUUAUCCACCUCCUCCUACUCCUCGUAGCCCAUACAUGUCAGCUGAAGAGAACUGUGAAAGUUGCCCGCCAUCACCCCCUUCCACAGAACGAAGUUAUUUUCAUCUCUGCCCGCCACCACCGUCUCCUUGUACAGAUUCCUCCUGAUCAGAACAAAAUAAACAUUUUUAUAAUUCUGUACAUAGCUUUAAAUACAUACAGAGAUAAAGUAUAUUUUAUGAAUUAGAAAUAGCAGGUGGGUAGGAUUAUCCAAAGGAAAGUGUACAGAGAUUGUAAGAAGAAGCAAUGAAAUUUUGUACAGAUGGAAAGAAAAAUAUUUAUGAAUUUCUUUUUCAAGUAAAUACUCCACUUGCAUCCUUGUGUCAUACAUUUAUUGUACAGAGCCAGAUAGAGGAGCAAAAGUAUGAAACGUUCACAAAUGCUAGCUCAAGCAAUAGUAUGCUUCUGUGCUGUACAUUUCCAGUGAUAUUGGAAAUGAAAUUAUAAAAUGCAAUAUUCAUUGAUACUAAAAUGGACAAUUGUUUCUUUUAUACCUUUUGUACCUAUUUAUCAAAAUUAUAUUUUCUGUUCUUUAGAGUUUAAAUUUCACAUUGAUGAUAUUAUCAAUCAGAUUCUCAACAUGUUCUAUUAUUGAAUUAUGUUCAAAAUACACAACCAUCAAUAUAUAUACCACUAGCCAGAAUUUCUGUAUGUUCAGUAUCAGAGCAGGUUCAGUUGUGUAUCAUUGCUGUUUGUAAGGAUUGUUUAUGAAAUUAAUUAAACUAGGACCUAUCAAGCUCCGAGAGGGUGCAAGUUUAUAACUGAAUAACGUGCCACAUCUGUGUUGUAACUUAACACAGUUACUGAGAGGAAUCUCAGUGUGGGAAGUUGUACUAUACCAUUGGUGCAUUUAAAGAGUACACUUGUGUGGUUGGGAUGAAAAUGUAUUGAAUAAAAUACUUAACCCUAAACCUGACCUAAGGUACCUUCCAAUAUCCACAGCAGCUGAUGGUAUAAACAGAUCAGCAUUCCACCCUCUUAACAUGGAUAUUCCUUACUUUGAUAAGCACAAAAUUACCUACAAAACAUUACAGGGCAUAGUUCUAUCUGACUGGUGUGUGAUUUGUAAUUUGAUGUUAAAUUAUUUAUCAUGGAUGGCAAAACCAGACUUUUUCCAUUAGGACUUAUUUUAAUGUUUGGCUAUUUUUCUUUUGCUUGUAUGUACAGAAUGUUUUCGCUGUCACUACUGAAAGUAUUUGUAGAAUGCCCUUUGUAAAUCAGUUACAGAACCUUGCACACCAGUAAUAAAUAACUAAGAUUU